AUGGAAAAUUAUAUCCAUCGAAAAAAGUUUUCCUCUGGUCAAACUUCUUACUGGGUUUGUGUCAAUGAAAAUUGUAAAGGCAAAGUCAAUUUGCUUGAUAAUGUUAUUGUGAAGCGAUCGGAACAUUGUCAUGAGCCUGAAACUUCGAAGAUUGCCAGCAUACAACAAAAAAAUAAUGCCAAAGAGAUCGCUGGACAAUCUACAUAUUGCAAUGUCAAAUCAGCGUAUAAUGAAGCUACGAAUGCAGUGAUUUCAAGUUCAACUCUACCAAUUGACGAAAUAUUAUCUGGUUUGAAAACUUUUGGACAAUUAAAGGGUACAAUAAACCGUGUCCGUGCAUCUCGUUUUCCCAGUCUUCCCAAAUUAAGAUCUGAAAUCGAUAUACCGAUCGGACUGCAAUUUAGUGGUGAUGAAAAGUUUUUUCAAGUGAGUGAUGGUGAUGAUGAUAAAAUUCUUGUAUUCGCCACCAACCCAUUCCUUCAUCAUUUAUGUGCAUCAGGUCAUGUUUAUGCCGAUGGAACUUUUAAAAGUGUGCCGCAUCUUUUUGCAUCCCUUUACACAUUACAUGUAAUGAUAAAUUCAAUCAUGGUACCAGUGGUAUACGCAUUAAUGCCGGAUUCAACCAUGAUAACAUAUGUUCGUUUAUUCAGAAUCAUUCAAGACCUGUGCUGCAAAUUGGACUUAACUUGGCGACCUACCGAAUUCACAACGGAUUUCGAACUAGCUACAAUAAAAGCAAUUAACCUUAUUUUUCCGGCCUGUGAAUUAAAGUGCUGUUUAUUUCAUUUUAGUCAAAGUCUAUGGCGUAACGUUGGAAAGCAUGGACUGGUUGAACGAUACAAAGCAAAUGUUGAUAAUGUUAAGACCACAGUGAAGCGAAUUUCAGCCCUACCGUUCCUACCUAUCUCCGACAUCGAACCAACUUAUGCGCUAAUUAAAAACGAAGCCCCCGAUGACUUAGCAAUGAAACAAUUUAUGGAAUACUUCGAAGAUACUUAUUUGGCUAACGAUCCAAGAUUUCCUAUGGAAAUUUGGAACCAUUUUAAUGAUUCGGACCCUAGGACGAAUAAUCAUGUGGAAGGGUGGCAUUCAUCAUUGAAUAAAGCAGUUGGACGGAAUCACGCUAACAUUUACCAAUUCAUACAAACACUCAUCAAGCAGCAAAAUAACUAUGAAAUUCAGCUAUUGAUAGCUUCUCAUGGAAUCAGACCUCAAAAGAACAGAAAAUAUCAAUUAAUCACCGAAAAAAUUCUUAAUUUAACAAAAGAUUAUUCUGAAAAUAGAAUUUCUGCUCUUGAAUUCAUUGAUAAAGUUAAAUAUUGCAAUACAUUGCAAGCAUGA